GCUGUCUGUUCAUAGCGGAAGCGAGGCUGCACGAUUGUGCGUGCCAGUGACGCGAACAGCGUAAUGAAAUGUGCGCGCGUGACGCACCAGUCUGUUAAUGAAACGGUGUUUUAGCCGGCAGCUAGCACAUCGUACAGCAGGCAACAGAGACGCAUAUAUUAUUGCAUGCACGCUACGGUAUCCACGAAUAAUGGACGAAUCGUCGCAUCCGCGAUUGUUCACCCAACUGCGACGCGCUCUCAGCUAGGAUUCGUCUCUCGAUCGACAUUACAAUUUUGUACUUAGGGGUGUGAUCGUACGCGCACUCAGCUGCGAUCAUUUGCGCAGCAAAUGCGCACUUGCGUGUUCGUUGUUUAUAUGCACCGCCGAUCAGGGAGCGCGUGCAGGCACGCAGUGCGCGCUCAAGAAUGCCCGGCGCGUGCGUCAGGUCUUCCUCGGUUCCCCGAUAAAAAAAAAAAACAAUAACAAAACACUGCGCGCGCGCGCGCCUGUCUUGUUCUCGGAAGAACUCGCGCUUUCCACAGCCUUGAGGUGUCUCCUACAAAGCGAAACCACCAGCAGGUGCGCCUGCCGCAACGAUUCGAAGCGAUCGCCUCGAAAGAAAAACGAAGUAAGAGGCUGCGAAAUGCGCGUCGGCUUCCUCGCGCGCGUUACCGCGUUAUAUUGGCGGGAGCUCUGUGCUGCAUUUGGCGUUGAGCCAGUGAAGGAGGCGCGCGCUGGCCAACUAGCCGCGACCCAGCGACGUCGCGUAUUGCGCUCGUUGAUGCGAGCUGCGGCGCGCGCGCCAGGCACCGAGCGAUUCCUUUCGCAACUUCGCUGCAGCGCGAAGGAGAUUACAUCCCGCCGCCUUCGCCGAGAAGAAGGGGUUUGGCUUCGCGAGCGGCAGCCGACGAGAAGCCGAGCGAAUGCGCGUAAACAGGAUUCCGGGAACGAUCUGAAACCGCGCCCCCCCGGAGGGGGCUUCCGUGGGGGCAGCGCCAGGUAUGUAUACGGUAGUGUGUACAUGUGCGCGCCGUGCUCCGUAUUGGCCCGCGAGAUAUCGGCCGCGAUUGCUGCCAUCGCGUCCUAGCGCGUGACUGCCCUGGCUGUUAAAAGGCUUCUUGGGCGCUUCAUUAAAAACAAAACAAAGAAACACGACUACUUCGGGGAAAGACGUGGCGCUCAGAUAGAAGAAAACGGGUUUUCCCGUUUCUUCUCCCGAGGGUGCAGGAAUAUCGUUUAGAGUUGCGAGAAAAAAGGGGCAAGAUUUAGACGUAUGUGUUUACAUCCACAGGCACUCGGAAACAAAUUGCUUGCCAAAUGAAGCGCUUGCAUCGGAAGAUCGACUUUCCCCUACACAACCAGCGGCGCUGCUAGGUGGUAGGCGGACAGCAGCGGUUUGUGGGAGGCUUCCACCUGCAGAGGCCACCACCUUCCUGGGUGCUGUUGCAGCUUUGCCUCCUCCACCAUGGCGACGGACAGUGGCGUCUCCUCCAACGGACUUGUGUCGCAUCCAUUGUCAGAGCCACCACUCAGCCUGCCGGGUAGCAGGAAAGGCAGCGGGGAAGAUGUCCUGACCGCUUCAGGUGCUGCAGGGUCACCCUGCGGACCACUGGUUAGUCCGGUAGCCUGCCAGAGCUCAAGCCCAAAUGGGGAUUUAUGCGAUCCAAAAGACACCACCAUUAAGGUUGCAGACGACGGCCUGGUUGCACUGGUUCCAAGCUGCAGUGACCUGUGCAGUUCGGAAGCUUCGGGCAUUGCGCCCAAGUCGACAGAAUGCAGUCUUGCGCAGCAGUCUCCUAAUUGUGCGACUCCUCCUGCAAGUCCAGGUUUACCCGCUUCAUCAACGCUUGAAGAACCUAGUUCCAGACUGCAAGCUCCAGACGUCUCUGCAACAACAAUGGUUGAUUCGCCAAAGGGGGAUGAGGUACGGGUUGCCACUGAUGCGGCAGACUGUGUCUCCGGACCUGUCCAUGAGUGUUCUCCAGAGUCGGCGAUGACAACCUCGUUGAGCAAUGGCAUUCUACCCGAGGCAGGUGGCGGUGCUGUCUCAGGAAUGCAGAGCACCACUGGCUCUGAAACUAAUGUGGAGUCUCCCAGCAGGAACCACAUCUUUGAACCACUGCAAAACGGGAAGUUGCCAGAACAGCUCCCAAGCGGUGGCUCUCCACGGCACUCUCGUGACAGAGGACUUCAAGAGUCGCCCAAUGUGCAAAGGACGACUUCUCCCGAGUCGCCAAGAGAAAAUGGCACGCGAUCGCCGUGCUGCAACGGGAGGGAGGAAGUGCGGACACUGGUCACUAGCCAAGCCAUUGUUGGGAGUAGCCCGAGGGCUCGGGGUUGUGAGCCAUCUCCGGACGCAGGGUCAGAGACCACUGGAAAGAAGCACUGUGCUGCUGUUACCAAUGGGGAUGUGGGCUUGAGGUGCGUCCGAGACAGUACUGGCGUCGGCAGUGACAGGACUGUGCUUCCAGCCCCAGCUGCCCUUCCGGAAGUAAGGAGGCGCAGUGCUUCGGACGGGGCAGUUAAGGAGAACGGCUGGGCACGAAGGGGUCGGUCUAGCCACUCGGAGUGCAACGGUCUAGACCGGCGCACUAUUGUGCUGAGCAGCAGCAGUGGUAGCAGCAGUGGCUCCACUGAGGGGCCCGACAGUCCCUUGCCCGGAGAGACCCUUGGCUCUGGUGUCCGAUGGAGUGGUGGGGGGCGCAGUGUCUCCGAGGUCAAGGAGCUCGCUUACGCCCGCCUGCAGGCAGAGCUGUCACGUGCACAGCAGGAGCUGCGCCUCCGCGACGAGGAAGUUGCUCGGCUGAGCCAGAUCCGAGACCAGGUGGGUGCCGAGCUGGAGGAGCUCACCGCUAGCCUAUUUGAGGAAGCAAACAACAUGGUGCGAGAGGCCAACAUGAAGCAGGCGGGAGCUGAGAAGCGGCUCCAGGAAGCUACUCUGAAGGUGGAAGUGUUGCAAGCGGAAGUGAGCGCCCUGAAGGCGCUCGUCCUCACUUCGACACCCAGCCGGCCCAACACGCACCUUCACCCACAGCUCAGUCGGCACCGCCACCGGCGGUCGCCCUCCAACUACGAGCUGGCCACGUGUCGGCCACCUUCCCCGCCCAGCCAGCAGGUGUCCCAGCAGCAACAACAGCAGCAGCAGCAGGGCCAGUCCCAGUCGGGCCAGGCUGGCAGCGAUGGAACGAGCCCUGACCUCUCAGAGGUGGACCCAGUGUGCCAUCGGGAGUUCCUCCGGUGGCAGGAGAAGCCAACCGUGUCGGACCGGCAGGACAUGUUUGUGUCGCGACUGUACCGGGAGGAUGUGCUGCCCUGCCUGCACUUUCCGAACUGCCAGCUGGCUGCACAAGUGCUUCGCGCUAUCGAGGAGAACAGCAUCACCAUCGAGGCAGUCAACGCGGCCAACCCCUUUCCCAGGCGCUGUUCCCUGUUGGAGGCGCCACGUGUUUGCCAGUACCGCAUGCGGCUAGGUGACUCGGGCUCUGCCUGGUACCACAUCUCGCAGCUGUGCCGAAACCGGAUAACGUCAGUGUGUGACCUCUUCUGCUACCUACGCUACAUACAGCAGGGCCUGGUUCGCAGCAGCCUGCAGGAGAUGUACUGGGAGGUGAUGCGACGGCGGCGCUCCAUCGCCCUGGCACGCCUGGGCCUGCCACCCUGUUGAGGUCGCAGCACCGCUGCGUUUCCUAAGUGCUGUACAUAGGACCAGUUUUUAGAGACUCCUGCAAACCCUGUACAUAUGUGUCUGCGCGUGUUGCUCCCCGGAUAACUCUGGGUGGCACCCUCUGCAGUGACUCUUAGGCGUUUCGACGGGUGGCGGACGAGCACGGCGUCAUUCCUUCGCUCGUCUGCACACUUGCUUGAUGUGUAUUUGCUUGCGUGUACAUAUAUGGAUGUGUGUGUGUGUGUGUUGGCACGUGCACGCAUUGUGUAUUUUCGGUAUGGGCAAGUUGCGCAUGUGUGUGUGUGCAUUACAUAUUUGCUCGUUUAUGGAUUGUAGAGACGAAUAUGUAAACGUGUAAAAUGUACUGUUGAUAGAAUGCGCUUAUUCACAGCAGUCUUUAACUGAAGCACAUCUGCUUCACCGAUGCCACAUAAUGUUUUAUCAGCAACGCAAACCGAAGCUGGCAGGCUCUGCCAAGAAGAAAAUAAAAAAAAUGUGAAGUAGAUAAGGUGUGACGAGCAAGCAUCCAGUGUUUACAUCUGCUGAUGCGGUUCAUGUUUAACUAGUUUAAUCCCGGGAUGCAUUUUGGCAACUAAAUUUCUGCAUAUGUGCAAGAGGCGUAUCAUAUGGCAAGAAAGCAGUUUAUGUGGAAAAUUCAGGCGGUAACAGCGGUCAUUGUGGUGUUGUCCAUUACAUUGCUUGCACUCAUGUAUACAUGUUCUCGACUUUGCACAAGCUAUGUAUGUGAUGAACUGGAGGUUUGGAAAAGGCCACACAGCUUUAAUGCAUGACUUUCUGUGAUGCACAUGAAAAUUAAGAUCCCUGACAUUGAGUGGUGUUGUAGAAACGAAUGAACUAGGAAGUAUUGUUGCUUUGUUGUACAUCCGGAUUUAUUGAGACAGAUAUAUUGUGUCUUAUUUACAUUCACCAAACAUGCAUGAAUUUAAUGCAAAAAAUUUUACAUUCAUUGUUACAGUUUGAAUGCGGCAUUACGAUGGUGCAGAGUAAGCUGAACACUAGCAACAGCCGGAAAGUUGUAGUUAGACGCUACCAAAUAGGCAGCCGUAAGCUGUCCACCUUACACGCCGUUUAGGCUUAACACCUGCUUACAGCUCGUAAACUACGUGCUGGUAUGGCUCUGUUGCUAUCGCAUUUUGCUGCCAAGCAUGAGGCCAUCGAUUCAGCUUCCAGUCGCAGCAACUGUAACGUGAUGUGUAUGGAAUGCAAAAACGCUCAUUGUACUCAGCCUUGUGUACAUGUUAAGGUACCUCAGGUGGUCAAAAUUAUUCUAGAGCACUUCUAAGAGGAGUGCCUUGUGAACUUCACUUCAUUUGAUACCUAGCAGGCAAUGCAAUGAACCCUGUGGAGACUUCUCUAACUGCUUGCAUUCGUGAGCAAAAAAUAGUGUGUCACAUACGAAAGAAAGAGAGUUGUGCAUCAUGUAGAUCGAUGUAGCGUUAAGUCUCAUAUUUUUAUUGCAAAAUAUCAAGUUAUGGAUGCGAGCGCAGUUAUACGUUUCUGCAACCAGUGGCCACAGCACAUUACUUGUGCUUGUGACCGAAACGUGGUGUGCCGCGCACUUCAAGCGCAGAGGGGCACAAGUCAUGCAAUGGGAUGUAACCUUACGUACAUAAGUUGUGGCUGUAAAUGUAAGGUUUAUUUUUACUGUAAAAGGCAUUGCACAUAAAAUAUAAUGGCAUUGCAAAAUGCAGAGAGAGAUUUCUAUGACUGUGCUACUCGCAUAGCUUCUGCAGCUUUGCCUGCUAUGUAUGAAAUUGGGUGUACUUGAGGAAGUGUGAUCAGAUAUAAUGAAUACGGAAUACAGGGUCGAUUAUGAAAGUAAUGCACAUUUUCUGGGAAAAAUUUAUUGACUGGACUUGUACAAAUGGUUAAAAUUCUUCAAAAUACUCUCUCCCUGCUUCAAUACACUUGCAGAGAUGUGUCUGCCACGCCUGGAAGGCACCCUGAAAGUCCUCGACUUGAAUGUCUCUCAGGAACGCCGUAACAUGAUUUUGGAUUUUUCCACAGUCUCCCAAUGCUUUCCUUUCAGCGCUAUCUUCAGUCAGGGAAACAAAAAAAAAAAAGAGGUCGCACAGAGCCAAGUCAGGACUGUAAGGGAGAUGGGGGACCACCGGGGAGUUGCUUCGGGCCAGGAAGUUGGUAACGAUGGAGGACGUGUGGCUGGCGGCAUUGUCAUGGUGGAGCUUGACCGUCGCUUUGAAGUAAGCCCUCACGCGCGAAACCCGGCGUUUCAGUCUCUUGAGCACCUACAGGUAAAAGGUCGAGUUGACAGUUUCUCCCUGCGGUACAAACUCAAAAUGGACGAUUCCUCAGGCAUCAAAGAAGACAAUGAGCAUCGUUUUGAUGCGAGUCUUGCUCAUUCGCGCUUUCUUGGGGCGGGGCGAUGAUUUUGUGUGCCACUCGCUGCUCUGCCUUUUCGAUUCUGGGUCGUACUCGAACAUCCAAGAUUUGUCUCUGGUUACGACAGAAUUGAGAAAGUCCGGCUCAUUUUGAAUCAAAUCCAACAAUUACUGACAGCACAAAACUCGAAGUUCUUUCUGAUCUUCUGUCAACACUUUCGGCACAAGCUUCGUGCAGGCCUUGCACAUUUGCAGAUCCUCGGUCACUGUCACUGCUCGGAGUAAACUGGCGACCGGCUGCGUUGGCAGGGCAGAACCCUCGCCAUAUUUCCCGACCGGUUUUACCACGGUGCCAUGGAUGUCGCGUCAUAAUAAAAUAAUGAGCAUUACUUUCAUAAUGGACCCUGUAUAUUUGCUUCAAUCCCAUUGUGUAUAUUACUGCAUACAACUGCAUACUUGAAGGCAGGUUUAGGCGGAUGGUUUUGCCUUUGCAGCUUAUUACUAGGGGUGUACGAAUAUUCGAAAAUUUCGAAUAUUAUCAAAUAUUUUUAAUAUUUGGAUUUGAUUCGAAAACUAUGUAUUCGAAAAUUUUCGAAUAUUCGAUUGGAUACGAAUAUUCAAAACGAAUCUAAUAUACCGUUGGCUGCGCGGAAGCAAACAUGGUUCUUAGCGUUUAUUUUUAUCUAGUCUAAUAAAGUGUGUCUGAUUUUGUGCCUAAUUUUGCAAUAAUUUCAUGCUGCUGGCGAAUUUUCGCCUGUAAAACAGGCUUAGCCACUUGACGUCAAAGUUAUGCAGGAAAGCCAGCCUCUCAGUAACAAGGGGCACGAGUUUGCAAGUUUAAGCUCCAAUCUUGAGCUCAUUGCUUGACAGUAAAUGCGAUGAGUGACAGAGGGUCAAAUGCGUCUUAGUUUACAGGAAAUUGAUGCGGUAUAGUCAGCCGCACAGGUUGGCAAGAACAGACAACUAAUAGAGAUUACUCAAUUUUCCAAAGCUAACAUGAGCCAAAUACACAAGCGUUUAGUAUAACGGCUUACUAGUUUAAUUUUUUACCAAUGACAAUGCAAUUACAAUGUUCGAACAUCAUGUUAAAAUGAACAAACUUACUAAUGAAUGCAUGUGCAUAUCAUUAUUCGAUAUUCGAUUCGAUAUUUAAUGCUAAGUAUCCGUAUUCGAUUCAUAAUCAAAAAUUUUGAUAUUUGCACCUCCCUACUUAUUACCCAUCAUUGGCUGUUGCAUUAGUGUCAUACCUUUUGUAGGGUGGCUUGGAGAACAGUCACUUAUCUGAUAUUCUUUUACUGCUAAAAGAAUUGUAUGGGCAUAAGACAGCACUUGUACUGUGUCCUUUUCUUUGUGUUGCCGUCGUUUUACAGACUUGUGCCUCCCAUCCCAACCAGACCGACUUUUGACCUUACUGUAACUCUUGACUGCAUUUGCUGCCUUCAAGAAAUCGAUCAGCACAUGAGAUCUGAUGAUGAGGAUGUACUUAUUCCAAAGAUCAAUCAGUAUCCCCUUGAAACAUUUGAGUCACAUUGAGCUGGCCUUGUGGCAACCACCAGUGCAUGUGGUUGAACAACAGAAAAAGAAAAUGAAAUUUUGCUGACGUCUCACAGAUUCAAAUGUAAUAAAAAGCAAAAUUUUUGGCUGGAACUUGGAGGAAGGAACUCGCAAUAUAUUCAUGCAUGUCUGGUAAACUGCGCAUGUGUUCAAAUGUGUCCAACACAAAUCUCGGAGGCAACCUUUGGCUGUUCUGUUUUUCUCUGACCAAUAUGCUUUCCAAUGGACAUCUGGAUCUGUACACUCAAUCCUCUAUUUUCAGAGAUGCAACUGUUAUUGCGUCUUGAUUGGCUUUUACAUUUGAAGCAAAUGUGAUAGAAAGGACAAAAACCUGUUUUUAUUACAUUGAAUAGUAAUUUAGUGCAUUCAGAAUUGUCAUUUCUCUAAUGAUGCAUUGAACUGUACUAAAGAAAAAGUGAAGUGCCCCCAAAAGUGAUUUUUCGAGAAUACGGCUAGUGUAUGUACAGGGGAGUGAUGUUACUUUAGGCAUGAUUUUUUUUUUCAUGCUUUAACUAUUUCAUGUCUUGGGCAACAGUGACUUUACUGACAGGUGUUGUGUUUCCACGGGUUGCAGUUUUCUGGUGCCUAGAUACAGGCAGAUUCUGAUCUGUGCUUGGUAGAGGACUGAAUUCCCAGGUAGCCUUGCUCGUAUUGUGAUAUGCUGGUGGUAGUAGCGAUUACACAUAUUUUUGGAAACUCAUUAUUUACACCAUGAAAGAGAACAUGAAUGGGACAUUUUAGAGACAUUAUUUACCCAAUUUUAUGUCGCUUAUGUUGGGAAUUCAAAGACUUUGUUUUUAAGAUUUUUUUUAUUCUUAUUGCGGCACAUUGCUGUCAGAAAGGACAUUGAGAAGACAUUUUAUUCUCAUGUUCAGUUAUGUAUAUACGACGCCUGUGUUGUACCUUCUACAUUUUGCAGACAUCCUCACACUUAGUGAGUAUGCCAGGGUGCUAAUCAACCAUUACUGUGUUUGGUUUUGUAGGUUAUUCAGUGCUUCAUAUGGACAGGAUAUUACUAAUACUAAGCUGUGCUGUAAGUGAAAAAGACCAGUUUCAGGGUCACUACAUACUAAUUUUAAGUUGAGCUGUAUCACUAAAUUGCACUUCUGUAAAAUCCAAAGCACCUGCUUACCAUGAGAGGAUGUUUGGCAAGCCAGAAAAUAUGCGAAAUUAAAGCUCGAGCGCAAUGCUAUUCUGAAGCUCCCACACCAGCCAGCCACCAGACAACAUACUCAGUUGUAGCACUUUAUCAGCAGUGAAAGUCUGCAUCACAUUCCAAAUGAACCGAAGACUCAAUCUAGCGAGUUUAAACUAUCCUGCACCAAAACAACUGAAUUGAACGACUGUUGUGACUAAAUUACAAAGAGUUACACAAUCCAUGUUGAAUUGAUUGGCACAAAUGGAGGACAAGACGAUGCAAGGCAAGAUAAAUUGUCGUAAAAAUCCUAUUCAGAAAGUAUUUUUUUGUUGGGAAGCUGUCAGUUACUGGUCCUCUGCGUUCACACGGCUGAUUAUUAUUAGCUUGUGUAUUCAGUUACGUUUCACAGUGGCAACCGCACAAAACAGCUAUGCUUUGUACACUGCAGGCAUGGUCAUUUGGGGUUAUUUGCAUUGAAGUGGGUUCUUGAAGAAUGGCUAGUGUCUGGGGAUGAAAAUUUUUCCAGUGGUGAUACUGCAUUACAGCGUUGUACCUAGCACGAAGCGAUGAAGAUAUUGGCAGCAUUACAUUGAAGGUGACCACGGAGUUCUGAGGCAACCACUCAUGCGUGCACAUGUCAUGCAAAAGACGAGCUGCAAAAAUAGAAGUAGAGUGCGAUCACAUGCUUCUUUUGCACACUGGUUAUAUGGUAACCUUGCGUGGUUUAAAAAAAAAAAGAGAAAGCUUUUUGAAGUUUACUUGCCCUUCGCUUAAACUGAACUUCAGAUAAAUGGAACACUUCCCCCUUUUGAGUGCCAUAUAGGCGGAUCAUACUUAACAGGUGUUGAAACCAUAGUCCCAAGUCAUCCUCAUGUUGUCCUCUCCACGCGAAACUGCAUCUGCCAGCUCCUACGCAUUAGCUGCUGCUCCUGUGGACAGAGGGCGCUUCCUUCCCAGAGUUUUGCUGAGCUGGAAGGCUCCUCUUUGGUCCUUGUCACUGUUUCAUUGUACAAAAAAUUGGGUAAUGCUAUGAUGAGACCCGUUUCUUUGGAUAUCUAACAAACGGUACCCGAAAAACUUCUCCAUGUGUUUAUCUAUGUAAAUGGACAAUAGUUGGGUGUCAUUUGGGUGUGCCUAGUUACCUGGUAUGCAGUGUGUGCACAUGUGUUUAGAGGCAACUGCAGUCCCUGCAAAAUGUGAGCAGCAGUCUGUGCAAAUGUCUAAUGUGUAAGCGUACUCAAUGUGACGUGCAUCAUUGACUUUCUGUGCCGAGACCUUAGGAGACUUGUCUAUGUAGUGAUCUUAACCUGGUGCAACACGGACAUGCCUUGCUGUCUCCGUGCGACAAAGUCAGUGUUUUGUCUUCUGGAUCCACCUCGCAGCCCUGACGCUUGUAGCCACUGCUUCGCAGCAGAUAUGUAUAGCACACUGCCACUUUGUGAGCGAGUUCAGUUGAAAUCAACGAUGGUUUUGAAAACGUGAGCGCUGAAGUGAUGAAUGCUAACAUCACCUCCAUUUGGUUUUGUAAGCAACAGAUAUCACUACAGACAGUGUUUUAUGCUAAGCUGCAGCAGUGGCGAUGCAAUAUCUGUCAAUAUAACUGCAGGAGGUCAUCGUUUGUAAUUGUUUAUUGAAAAUGCUUGUAUAUACUUGUCAGUUCUUCUUAUGAAGCGCUUCGCAACACUGUACUACCAUACUGCAUUGUUGGCACUGGCAACCCAAAAAAUUUGCAAGCAGUUUUUCAAAUUGCAGAUUAAAAGAAAGUUAGCAAGUUUUUGUACUGAGGCAGAUAAAAAGGCCACUUAGCCGAUAAUUACAAGUUGAUUCAAGAGUCACCAAAUCGUUACGUAAAAAUUGUCAGCAAUUGUCCAAUUUGCGAUGUUCCUCUGAAGCAUGUCUGCCAGUCUGUGUGAGGCAUUUCCGUUUUCAGGGAGUUUGUUGAUGCCAUGAAAACAGUAAGCUCUCCUGCUUCGAUUGGUCAUAUUGGUGCAGUCUGCCUCUUUUCCUGUUGUCACCAUCUGUGACCAAGUUCAGUUAUUCACUUGCUUUUCACCUUCAAUGCUGACACUUCAUCCUCCAAACAUGCAUAAUGUGCAUUGCAAGAAGCAACGCUUCUGUGAACAGUAGGUAUAUUUGUAAUUACCGGUAUGUACCUUAUUUUGGCUAAUAAAAAUAACAGCAAAGUCUUUCUGAUUCGCCCUCAUACAUUUACGGGAGGGUUCAUUGAUGAGCAAGGGAGCAAUCAAUCGCAAAUCUCAAGUCCAGUGUGAACUGUGGCGGUAACUUCUUUUCACUUGAUCCGUUUCUCAUUGGACGGCAUAGAGGACUGAGGGAUACUGAAAAGAACAAGUGAGAUUGGCAAAGUUCCAGAGAUUGACUGGAAUGUGCUCAACUCUAUCUGAGAAUGCUUAGCACGAUGAGUUCAGUAUAACAAAGGGAAUUGAAUAUCCACGAUCGUUCAGCAGGUCUCUAUAGUCUUUUGUGCCUGCACGGCAUAUAGUAUCUGUACGUGAGGGGACACAUGUAACCCUGUAACCUUGAGAUAUUUGGAUGGAGCUAGAACAAUUUUUAGCACAGGAGUUGCUUUCCGUUAAGUGUUCCACGGAGGCAGAGAGGUUUUUUCUUUUCCUAAUUCAUGGGUGCGCCUAAGAGGAAACUGUUGGAGUCCUAAGAUACAGGAUUUGGGGAUUCGGAGACUGCGUGUAAUCUGCUGCGAAACCUGUACAUAUUUAGAAACUUUUGGAGGGGUCCAAUGCGUCUUGGCAAAGUAUUGUUGCAGUGAUGGCUAGCAUUGUAUGCAUAUUUCUUUUUGCGUGUACUAUACGAGGAGCUCGUAUCAUAACCUGUACGUGUAGGAAAAGCUUUACACUAGUAGCUUUGUAGUGUGAGAGAUAUAUAGAACAAGUUGUGGAGUUGCACACUGAUUAGUGUAACAUAUAGGUUGCAGCUAAUAAUGCUGCUUUUCUCGAGCGUCGGUAUUUAUGGUACUGAGGUACGCAUGUGAAUUGACCUGCGACACCUACUGUACUUUUAUGUGAAUGUCAAAUGCUACGCAAAUGUACGUUGGGCUACGUCUGUGGUUGUGAUCUAGAUUUGCGUACCUCACAUUUGUAUAUGAGUCCCUGUAUUUUGCGUGCGGAAAAGUGUACUUGGUUGUUGACAGUGAUGGGGGGAGCAAGAUGUGAUCACAAGAAUAAAUGAUAACCAAGGCA